AUGUCUUCCUCGGUGUUCUUCAAGUUCAAGUCGCAGAAGGAGCCCACUAGAGUGGAAUUUGACGGCACAGGUAUCUCAGUCUUUGAGCUCAAACGUGAGAUUAUCAACAAGAGCGGAUUGGGUGAUGGCACGGAUUUCGACCUCUAUAUUUACACAGACGACAACAGUGAAGAGUACGAUGAUGAUACAACAAUUGUUCCCAGAUCGACGACAGUGAUUGCUCGGCGACAGCCCGCCGUUAAGCCUGGAGCUGGGCGAGCCGCUCGAUAUGUCUCAGGCAAGAUGCCCGUAGCGGCCAAGAAUGCCGGCCGUAAGGAACAGUUGGCAAAAGUAUCGGCCUCCAAGCCAAAUACAAAUGCCUUCAGCCAGAUGAACGAUGCGAUGACGGAGGAAGAUCGAAUGGCCGCCAUGUUUGCUGCUCAAACAGAGCAGUGGUCAGCCCAGCAAGAAGAGUUGUCUCACCAAGCACCAGUACCCUUUGGUAAACCCGGCUCCAAGCGGCCGGCAAAUGUUCCUGACCACGACCCCCCCAAUGGGUACAUUUGCUAUCGAUGUGGAAACAAGGGCCAUUGGAUCCAGUUGUGCCCAACCAACGAUGAUCCCGAUUUUGACAAUCGACCUCGCGUCAAGCGCACCACGGGCAUCCCUCGUUCAUUUCUACAAAAGGUGGAUAAGUCUGUCAUUUUAGCUCAGUCGGAAGGUGAUGAAACCAAACGGCCCUCAGGAAUCAUGGUCAACGCUGAGGGAGACUUUGUCAUUGCUGAGCCGGACAGGGCCUCUUGGGAGCAAUUCCAAGCCAAGGCCAAGUCCUCUUCUGCCGCGGCCAAGACGGCGCAGGCGGAAGACAAGGAAAUGCAAGAGCGUGGUCUCGAAUGUUCAAUUGACAAGAAGAUGUUCAUAGAGCCAAUGAAAACCCCGUGCUGUCAGAAGACGUUUUGCAAUGACUGCAUAACCAAUGCACUCAUCGAAAGCGACUUCGUCUGCCCUGCUUGUCAGACCGAAGGUGUGCUAAUAGAUGAUCUCCAGCCUGAUGAAGAAGUGUCAAAGAAGGUUCAAGAGUAUCUCAAGGAGAAGGAAGCUGCCAAGGUCACUCCCCCGUCGUCACCCAAGGGCAACUCGGAAGAAGUGACAGGCAACUCAGAGAAUGAUCAAGCUAAAGAAGCAGCAAACACGGAAGAUGGGGCAGCAAACGCUGCGGAGGACAAGACGAGGCGGAAGAGCAUCGAGUCUACAGAGCAGAAGCCCAACUCACCAGCUACAGAAUCAGUCGAUUCGGCAUCCAAGUCCCCUUCAGCCGAGUCAAAGAGUCUCGUUCCCAGCUCUCAGGCUGCAGAUGGCAAGACUGAAGUAGUCAAGGCAGAGGAUGUCGUCUCGAAGAAGAGGCCUGCUGAAGACUUCCUAGAGAAUCCCAAGAUACCCAAAGGACCCCGCGCUAUGCAAAACCAACAAUCCCAGAACAUGAUGAACGGCAACAUGAUGAAUGGUAUGCCCAACAUGGGUAUGAACAACAUGAUGUUUAAUGGAGGCAUGGGCAUGAUGCCAAACAUGAUGGGUAUGGGCGGCAUGGGAAUGAAUAUGGGCAUGAACAUGGGCUUCAACAACAUGAAUGGGGGCUAUGGAAAUAUGAAUGGAGGAUACGGCAUGAACAACAACAUGAACGGCAUGAACAAUAUGAACAUGAACGGCGGUGGCAUGAACAACAACUGGGGCAUGAACAAUGCCAGCGGUAUGAAUGGGAUGAACACCAUGGGUGGAAUGAGCGGCGGCAUGAACGGGAUGAACGGCGGAGGCAUGAUGAACGGCUUCCAAAACGGUGGCAACUUCACACAAGGAGGAGGCGAAGACGACGCCUACUUCCGAAAGCCCGUCAACCCGCAUCGACACCAGAACAAGCAGCGCAGAGUCCGACCAAGCGACUACCGAGAGCUUUAA